GGGCUUAAUCUGGGUCCUGUAUAUGUACAUAUAUAUGUCUCUCUGUGUGUGUGUGUAUAUGCCCAGCACUUACCUUCUUCUUUUAAAAACCUUCCUAUAGCUAAUAAGAAGAUACAGUAGGAUUCAUAUGUUAACUGAAUUGCAGAUUUGAAGAACAUUUGUUACCUGUCCUGAGGCUGUAGAAAGAAUACAUGCAUGAAAGCCCUGUUACAGAAGAUUCCUACAAAUUUCAGCAUUUAUGAAGAUCAGAGUACAAGAUACCCAUAUUCUCUGUGUUGUACCCUCUCUCUCGAUCUCAAUGGAUAUUGAUCCUCCAUUUCAAGAGAAACACAGAGCCCUUUUCAAGAACUCCAUUGUUAGAGAGACAAAUGAGGACAUGUUAAUGGCUUCACAAUGUGAGCUGCCACUAAUUGAUAUGAACAGUUUAAAUGUGGGACACCCAGAUAGAGAAAAAUGCAUAAAAGAGAUGGGUGAAGCUGCAAGUGAAUGGGGUUUCUUUCAAGUUGUGAAUCAUGGGAUUCCAAAUGAGAUUUUGGAGAGACUGCAAUAUGAACAAAUGAUGGUGUUUCAUGAGCCCUUUAGCAAGAAGUCUCAAGACAGGUUCUUGAAUUUACCUGCAAAUAGUUACAUAUGGGGAAAUUCCAAAGCUACUUGUUUGAGUCAAUUCUCUUGGUCAGAGGCUUUUCACAUACCUGUUACAGAUAUCUCAACAAUGGAUGGAGUCAGAAAUCUCGGGUCGACUAUUGAAGCAUUUGUCAACUUAGCAGCCUCUUUAGCAGAAAGCUUAGCUGAAACUUUAGCAGAUAAUAUAGGCGUUAAAACCAAUUUCUUCAAAGAAAAUUGCACGACAAGCUCUAGUUAUGUAAGGAUGAACAGAUAUCCUCCAUGUCCAUUUUCUUCUCAGGUCUACGGAUUGUUGCCCCACACCGACAGCAAUUUCCUAACGAUACUGUACCAAGAUCAAAAUGGAGGAUUGGAAUUGUUGAAAGAUGGAAAUUGGCUUAGUGUUCGACCUAAUCCCGAAGCUCUAGUAAUCAACAUUGGUGACUUUUUUCAGGCAUUUAGCAAUAACAUCUAUAGAAGCACUGAACAUAGAGUGGUUGCCCCUCAAAAGGUCGAGAGGUUUUCUAUGGCAUUUUUCUAUUGCCCAUCUUACGAAGCUGUAAUAGAAAGCUAUAUCAAGCCAGCAAAAUAUAGAAAGUUUAGUUUUCGAGAGUAUAAGCAGCAAAUACAGAAAGAUGUUCAAGCGACUGGCAAUAAAAUUGGCCUCUCAAGGUUUCUAUUAUAAUAUAGGUAUUGGAGACGAAAAUUAUAGUUAAAGCAGUUACCCAUAUAUAUUCAUAUAAUCAUAUUAUGAAGCUGUCCCUUGUGCUUGUGAGUACGAAUGAAGCAGAUGAUAAUAUUAGAAAUAUGAGUUAACAGUAGAAUUAAUAGUUAAGUAAGAUUUCAGAGCAUUACCUUCUUGCUAGUACAGCAAUUUUGCAGCUCCUCUGGAACCAUUUUACUGUCUUCUGCAUAUCCUCUCUUAAAUACUUCAGGUUCAAGUGCUGGAGAUUGCAACUCUAUGAGAGGCAAAUUUACUAAGACCCAUUUGAAAAUACACUUUUGUUCUUCCCAUACAUCACCUGCUAUUAUUAGUUGCAGUUGCUGCUAUUAAUACAAUUGUCUAGUUGCUGUAAUAUUAGACUUGUUUUGUAGAUUGUCUUUAUGUAUCCUUGAGGUUCUGUGUCUUUUCAAAUAUUAUUGAGUUUUAGUAUCUGUAAUUUUCGGCUGUGUUGGCUCUGGGUAGC